AUGGCAAGAAAGGGUGGUGUAUCGAAGAACUCACGUGCUGCGCGUCGUGGCGAUGCUGAUCCAUUUACAAGCUCGGAGGCCAAAGAACUAGCGGCAAUACCGAGAUUGGAGAACACUGAUACGGUUUCUUCAAUUAUUCGUUCUUCUUUAUCAAAGAACCAAAGGCUACUUAACGAUAAAGUGAACCGUCUCAGUAAGAACGAAAACAAAUUGAAGCCCGGAGAUCACAUUAUCACUACACACGCAAACAAGAAAAGACAACACAUGGUUUCUAAAACCGUUCGUAGUAAACAAUCAAAAUUCCUCAAUAUUGAUGGGAGGUUGAGCAAAAAAAUUGAAAAUGCUUUGAACAGAAAGAAGAAAAUCGCAAACUUGAGGAAAGCGGGAUGGGAACAAAUCAAUGAAGUUGCCAAAAAAUCGCUUGAAGAUGACAUUGUCAGCAAAAUCAAUAGUGAAAAGCAAACUAACCAAGACUUGGAAGAUCAACUCUUGGAUGAAAUGAGAGAUGAUGAUGAGAUCGUACAAGAAAUUGUGAAGAAACAACAAAACCCGUUUGCCUUGUUACCGGAAGAAGAGUAA